CGAGCACAGCAGCAGUUGCAUGGAACGCUUUCUCGCGCCCUAACAAUAGAGUGGUUUGAUGCCAAUUUCAACUAAAUCUACCCUGAGAUUCCCUUUGGAAAAAGGUGCCUGGAUUCUCCUCCGCCGCCGCCUCUUCCACCAGGAGUACAUUUGAUAUCAGAGACAGUACAAUCAUGGAUCCGACCCGGGGAUUUAAAUUCUUGGACACGGUGGCAUGCUCUGCAGCUCAGUGAGGAUGGGAAGAAAAUAAGAGGAUUUUUAACAAACGUAUCAGGUAGUGGUGUCGCAGCUGAAGGAUGCCGCUGGUGAAGCGCACCAUCGAGCCCAGGCACCUGUGCCACACGGUGCUGCCAAGGAACAUCAAGAAUGAGCUUGAGUGUGUGACUAACAUCUCCUUGGCCAACGUCAUACGCCAGCUCAGCAGCCUCAGUAAAUAUGCAGAAGACCUGUUUGGAGAGCUGUUCAACGAAGCACACACCUUCUCUUUCCGGGUCAACUCCCUGCAAGAGCGCGUGGACCUCCUCUCCAUCAGCGUCACACAGCUGGACCCCAAAGAGGAGGAAUUGUCUCUUCAGGACAUCACCAUGAGGAAGGCUUUCAGGAGUUCAACCAUCCAGGACCAGCAGCUGUUUGACCGCAAGUCGCUGCCCAUCCCACUGCAGGAGUCCUACCAGACCUGCGAGGAGCCGCCCCCCCUCAACAUCCUCUCGUCCUACAGGGACGAUGGGAAGGAGGGUCUGAAGUUUUACACCAAUCCGUCCUACUUCUUUGACCUGUGGAGAGAGAAGAUGCUGCAGGACACAGAGGACAAGAGGAAGGAGAAGCGAAAACAGAAGCUGGAAAUGCCUUAUCUUGUGUGUCCCAAUGGCCUUAUAAGAGUCCUCUCUGAAACCCCUCCUCCCUUCCUCACUGCCCCAGAGUUGCAGGACCCCCGCAUGUAUGAUCAGGUCUAUAGGUACCUAGACCUUCCAGGGCAGAUGAAGACGCUAGACCGUCCCCACGAGCAAGAGAAGAUCCCGCGGGCGCCUCACGACCGUAAGAAGGAGUGGCAGAGACAGGCACUGGGCGCUGAGCUCGCCCAGGACAUACCUGAGGACAAACACAGAGAGGCUAACGGAUCUGCAGGUUACCACGACAACAGGGCUCCCAUGUACUUGGAAGAUAUGGAGGGGCCCUUCUCUCUGGCGGCGCUGCCCUACAGCCAGAUGAACGAGCUGCUGAACCGUACCGGGGACAGAAUGUAUUCGCGGCCCCACGACCCUCCACCGCCUCCACCCCUCAUGCACCCACUGGGAGAGAUCAAGCCACCCUCUGUGAUCAGUUCCAGUUCAGGUUUUUCCGACAGCAGACCCCAGUCUCCAGCACGGACAUCAGGGUUCAACUCCAACACUCCCCCUCCACCGCCCCCCCCCUCUCCCUCCUCCGCCUCCCCCGUUACCCUCUCAGGCCUACGGGGCACUCCUCCUCCUCCCAUUCCUCCUCUUCCAGUGCAUCAGCAUCCCCCGCCCAUCCCCCCCCCUCCGGCUCCUCUCCAGAUCGCCCCCGGUGUGCUGCACCCGGCCCCGCCGCCCAUCGCCCCGCCCCUCCACUGCUCCCCGGCCCGUCUCCAGCAGGUCCUGGAGAGGGGGCUGCCCUCGGGCUCUGGCACCCAGUCGGACGGCAGCAUCCUGCCUCCCCCCCCGCCGCCUCCCCCUCUGCCCCUCACUGGAGGACGGAGCUCCUCGCCCUGUCUCUCAGGCCCCCCACCCGUGCCGGCCUUCCCCUCAGCAGGAGCCAUGGCCACUCCGCCCCCCCAGGGCAGCAAGAGGCACCAAGCAGCCAGCCUGCCCCCCAUCAGCGACGCUCGCAGUGUCCUGCUGGAAGCCAUCAGAAAAGGCAUACAGCUUCGGAAAGUGGAGGAGCAGCGAGAGCAAGAGGCUAAGCACGAGCGCGUCGGCAACGACGUGGCAACCAUCCUGUCCCGCCGCAUCGCUGUGGAGUACUCCGACUCCGAGGAUGAGUCCGAGUUUGACGAAGGAGACUGGAUGGAGUGAUGGAGAUCAACAGAUGGAAGGGGGGGGAGAGGAGGCAGAGGAGGAAUGUGUUCAGGUGCACUCCACACCUCGCCAUCACAGUCCUUUCUACUCUGGGAAGAAGCAAAACAUUGUUGUUGCCCACUCUUCCUCUGUCGCGCUUCAUUCUUUCUCAAAUCUCUGUCUUGUGCUUUGUCUUCGGAGGAGAAUCUCCAUGUCCUGGUCUGUCUCUCUAGUGUUCCAAGAGAAGUUUUUGCAUUUAUUCUUUUCUGCACUACCACAUGACAUUGUUUCUUCUGGAUUUCUUGUGAUGAAGUCCCCCAUGUUUACUAUUGUUAUACAUGAAAAUAACUUUUUGAAGAACCACUUGUUUUGUUUCUUAUCUGUACGUCGAUGUAAAAAAAAAAACAAGAAAAGGAAAAAUGAAGGCAUGUUGCAUUCUCCUUAGUUCUCCAGCACCAUUUUGCCACCCGGUGGCACAACAUGGCAUUGAGUGGAUGCUGGUUUAUUUUAUGGUCUUUUCUUUACAUUUUUCUGCGGACACAUUUGCCGUUGUAACGGGACAGUAGUUGCUGAUACUGACCACUACAUGAACUCAGCUUUUUUGUUACUUGUCAUCAGGACUGACUUCACCACUUAGAACAAGCUAAAGAUUGUGUUGGUAUGUCAUGUGAUGUUUGCUAUAUAGGUGAAAAUGAAGAAGGGGAAGCUUGUGCAUAUCCAUUCACUUACAUCCAACUUUUACCCCAGGGAAAUGUAUGCCAAGAGAUUGAGCUUUUUGUCUGUCAAGGUUCUACAGAGCCCUCAUGUGGAAGAGAAACACUGAGCCAUCGGCUUUCUGCAUAUCGAGCUCCCAUCAUUUUUCAAGUUCUUUGCCAUAGAAAUGGACACUGGAAGUGGUUAGAUGCUGUACAUGUACGUCAGAUCUCCUGCCUGUUUACUGUUCCUGAUACAUUUUCAGUGUGCAGAGAAGAAAAGUGUGAAUUUCAAAAAGGAACCCACUCAACAGAGUCUGACCGACACCAGGUAAACCCACUGAACAGCACUGAAGGCAGCUCUUCCCUCAGAUCCCCUGUUACUGAGUCCCUGCCCAAUAACAAGAAGCCUUACCUCCUUUGGUUCUGCAGCAACAAACACAAUAAUACAUGUUCUACGAGACUGCCCUUUCAGGCAUGAAAGAGAAGGAUACAUUAUGCCUUGUUUUGGCUCAUUUCAAAGAAAAUGUCUGCCAUCCUUUUCUGUUCGUCGUUCGUUCGUUCUUUCUUCUACUUGCCUUAUUGUUCGUACAAAACGUAUCGUUGAGUUGAUGAAUGUAUUGUGCUGUUACUACUUACUUGCCUGCGCUUGUAUGGAUUUGCUGUUUCUAUGUUUGGGGAGGGGGGGGGUGACGGGAGGGUACAGUAACCCUGGUUUAAAACAGAAAAAAAUUAGAUCAAUACUGUAUACCAUGUAACUUAUGUAACUGUUGACUGUAACAGUUUGCUUGAAUUAAUAAAAAUCUAAUGUUAUGUUUUAGCCCUAAAUGUUA